AUGAAAUUUCUCCUCUUCCUCCUCACCCUCCUCGUCCCCGCCCUCGUCUCAGCCACGCUGACAACCGGUGACGGACCCGGGGAAACCGGCCACAACAAAAUGGUACGCCGAAUGCCGGAUCCAGCCGUUCCCGUGCAGUCUCAAGCCCCGCCGGAUAACUCUCCUCCCGGGCUAGUUACCAGAUAA